UGACCAAGCAGCGAGCGGCGCAGCGCUCCGGCCCUCUCCCUAUAAUAUAACGCCCUCCUCUCCCCGCUCUCCAGCUUCUUAAUUUCUCUUGGUGGUAGGAGGUGGAAUCGACCUUGCUCUAGCGCAGCUGCUGCAGCUCCAUCCAGACCUGCAGCUAGCUGCAGGGAAUAGUACGGUUCCGAUCCUGAUAGCUAGCUGCGGCGGCCGGCGAUGGCCAUGAAUUCGCUGAGCAUGGUGGAGGCGAGGCUGCCUCCGGGGUUCAGGUUCCAUCCGCGGGACGACGAGCUCGUGCUGGACUACCUGGCCAAGAAGCUCGGCGGCGACGGCGGCGGAGGAGGAGGCUCGGUGGUCGUGAGCAUCUACGGCUGCCCCACGAUGGUCGACGUCGAUCUCAACAAGUGCGAGCCCUGGGACCUUCCAGAUAUUGCGUGCAUUGGUGGAAAAGAGUGGUAUUUCUAUAGCCUUAGGGAUAGAAAGUAUGCCACCGGCCAGAGAACAAAUAGAGCAACUGAUUCAGGCUAUUGGAAGGCUACUGGGAAAGACCGUCCAAUAAGCCGGAAAGGGUUGCUUGUUGGUAUGCGCAAAACCCUUGUGUUUUAUCAAGGUAGAGCCCCAAAGGGAAAGAAGACUGAGUGGGUGAUGCAUGAAUUUCGCAUGGAAGGGCAAGGCGAUCCAAUGAAGUUACCUUUCAAGUAUACACACAUCAUCUCACCUAUUGAAGAGAUAGAGAGAAAGGAGGACUGGGUCUUGUGUAGGGUUUUCUACAAGAGUAGGGCAACAGUUGCAAAGCCACCCACAGAGAGUAGCAGCUACAAUAUUGACGCAGCCACAACUUCACUGCCUCCCCUUAUUGACAACUACAACAUUUCCUUUGACCAGUCUGGGUCAGUGCAGAACCUCGAGGGUUAUGAGCAAGUGCCCUGCUUCUCCAAUAAUCCCUCUCAGCCAUCGUCGUCAUCGAUGAACGCUCCGCUGCCAUCAUCAGCCAUGGCUGAUCAUCAGGAGCAGCAUAUGGGGAAGUCAAUCAAGGAUGUGCUCAUGAGCCAGUUCAGCAGGUUCGACGGCAACGUGAAGAGGGAGACGCAUCAACAAAGUAAUUUCUCUCAGGAUGGGUUCGAGUACUUAGCUGAGAGUGGCUUCGCGCAGAUGUGGAACUCAUUCGGUUAAUCGAUUUAUAGGAAUAUUAUUGCAAUUAACAGAGGAUGAUACGAAAUUCCUCGGGAAGAAACAAAAAGGAGGAUGAGUAAAGAGGACUUGGGUGUGUGUGAUUCCUGUGUGGUAUUGCAUGUAGCUGUAGUAGAUACCUAGUAGUAUAUACAUUUAUCAACAAGAAAAGAUAUAUAUAUAUAUGUCAAAUGAUGUAAAUACAUUAUUUGUGAACUAUGGAAAAAAUAGAAAAAUUAGUGUGUGAUGACAGAAUUAUACA